AUGGAGUUUAGCCCUGAAACAACUUUUGAAGAUGAAUUCGACGAAAACACCAACGGAAAUGUCGUAUUUGCUUGGCCUGGGUUCGAUGCCAAUAAACUGUUAAUUUACAGAGAAAUAUUCAAUGGGGGAUUUUCAACCACAGUUGGCUCUCGAGAUCUAACAACCGGCGGCAUUGUCGCCAUAAAGAAAGUGGAAUUUGAUUACCUGGGCAAUAUCUUUACUCCUAUUGAGGAUUUGAAAAGACGUGUCUUAAAUAAAGUACGCGAGCAAACCAAUAAAAUAAAAGAAAUUGCAGCAGCUUCCGUAAUUGAAUCGAUAGAUUUUGUAACAGAGCCAAAUAGAAUUAUUGUCAUAUCUCAAUUACAGUUGUCUGGAGAUUUAUUUAACUGGAUGCUACAGCAGCCCGUUUUACAAUUGCGUAAUGUUCUCUUGGUUGUCAAUUACUUAUUUAGGGCCUUUGAUUAUCUUCAUUCACAAGGUUACGCCCAUGGUUAUCUAAAUCCAACUAAAAUUUUAUUUCAAAAUACAGCCCCACAUUCAGUGUUAGUCAAACCAGAUUUGAGUAUCAAAAAGGAACUUGCCUAUCUCUUAAAUGAUCCCCUGAUUACCUGCCAAAGUUGCACCUCACCGGAAGAAAUAAAGAGACUAGCAGAUACUUUUGAAAAUGGGCGCCAAAGUGAAUCCAAUUUUUCCCCCACAAAAGAGAUGGAUAUCUGGAGCAUGGGAGUUGUUAUACUUAUUGCAUUGACUGGAGUCAACUUCUUUCAAUUUGAUAAAAUAGAUGAUCUUAGGCAGCCAUUCGAUGUGCUAUUAGAAGAAGCAUUCAGGCAUCCAACAAUGCAAAUGAUUGGUGAGAACUUUUUAAUAAAUCUAAGAAAAGUACUUGCUGUCGAUCCUUCAACUCGAAUUUCUGCAGCAGAUGCGGCAGCAAUAAACUGGGCAGAGGAUGCAAAUGUUGCUGACGAAAAUCUAAAUCUUCUAUAUAUUAUUGAACAUGAUCUGAUGAAUUCCUGUAGAUAUUACCGAACAUACGGCCAGGCAGUGCUUAAAAAGCUGCGUAAUUCUAUUCAUCUUGAAUAA